AUGGCACUGUCUGAUGGUGAGUUCUCUCUGUGGGAUGAUCAUCGUUGUGAAAUCGCUUGGAGGGCUGAUGGUCGGUAUUACGCUGUUUCUUCCUUUGAAAUGUCUAAGCAAGAAAACGGCUCUGCAAAGCAUGUGAGGCGACUUAGAACAUUCACGGGAAGUGGAAAUAUUUAUGCUACACUGAAAUCCAGCUUUAAUUUAGAACCCGGAAUAUGCUGGCAUCCAAAAUUGAAUUUAAUAGCCUUAAGUCGACGUAGAUCUGAUCGUGGAUUGGAUAUCGUGUUUUUUGAGCUCAAUUGUCAACUGCAUGGCGAGUUUUCACUCUUUCCUGACCUUACUGGGGAGGUUCCAUAUUAUAUUGAAGUCAUCAAAUUCAACCAGACAGGUGACCUGCUAGCUGUGCUAUCUUUACAUACUACAUAUGCUGGUGCCUGUUCGAGUAAGUUGACUAAAAAUUUUGAAUUCUGGCUACGCGUCAAUUGA